UUUUAGAUCUGAUACAAGAUUCUAGAUAUAGAGUCGAAACCUAAAAUUAGGAUUACAAAACAAAACUGAAAAAGAACUCGCCUGAAGUGAAACUCAAACUGAACUAAAAUAUACUGUUAUUACUAUUAUUAUUAGAUCUAGAUUAGAUCUAUCUAUUCUAGUAAAAUUCCCCAAAAUCUUGGUGGUUUUUGAGUUAAUUGAUGGAUACUAUGGAAUUAAAGAAAGAAAAGGCGGACAUUUUCAUAUUUCAGGAUUAAAUCUUAAUAACAUUGAGGAUCUAGAUCUAGAAUCUUACAAGUCAGCCCAAAGGAAAGGUUGGAAGGAUAAAAAAGGAGCUUGAAAGAAUAUAUAUUCAAGCUAUUCCUUAUCAAUGGCUGAUACAACAAAUAAUCUGUCAUCCAGCUCUGUAGAAUUAAUUAAAGAUCAAUCACGGUUUGAUAAAGUGUUACAAGAUGCUGGAAAUCACCUUGUGGUUGUUCACUUUGCUGCUUCCUGGGCUGAGCAGUGCCAACAAAUGGGAGAAGUUUUAAAUGAGCUGUCUAAAGAUCCAAAGUUUUCACAUGUUACUUUUAUAACUGUUGAUGCUGAAAGUUUAGCCGAAGUUUCGUACAAGUAUGAAAUAGUGGCAGCACCAACGUUCAUAUUUCUUAAGGCAGGCAAUAAAAUUGAUAGAUUGGAUGGAGCGAAUGCUGCUGAGCUGACAGCCAAAGUAACUAAACAUUCAUUAAUUUUAGUUGAAGAUUUGACUAAAUCAACUGCAAAGCAGGAUUUAAAUGAGAGAUUGAAACAAUUAAUCAACUCAGCUCCAGUUAUGCUGUUUAUGAAAGGAUCACCUGCUCUACCAAAGUGUGGCUUCAGUAGACAGAUAACACAAAUUCUAAAUGAACAAGGCAUAAAGUAUUCAACAUUUGAUAUUCUUGAAGAUGAUGAUGUUCGCCAAGGUCUCAAAUCAUUUUCAAACUGGCCAACAUAUCCACAGCUGUACAUUAAAGGUGAACUCAUUGGUGGAUUGGAUGUUGUGAAAGAGAUGGUUGAAUCCGGAGAGUUAAAAGAUUUAGCCCCUAAAGAAGAGGAUCUUAAUACCCGAUUAAAGAAACUUAUUAACCAAUCUCCUGUAGUGCUGUUCAUGAAAGGAUCACCUUCAACACCUCGCUGUGGAUUUAGUAAAACAAUUGUUGGGAUUCUUGAUGAAGUAGGAGUUCCUUACACAACAUUCGAUAUACUCAGUGAUGAUGAAGUAAGACAGGGGUUAAAAGUCUACUCCAACUGGCCCACAUAUCCUCAGGUUUAUGUUAAAGGAGAGCUGAUUGGUGGCUUGGAUGUAAUAAAGGAGAUGAAAGAAAGUGGAGAGUUGGAAAGUGUACUGAAGGAACAGGCCUGAAGACUUGGUUUACUGGUUUUUGUUUAGUUGGAAUUUUGUUCUUUUUUAAAAAAUGAAAAACAGACUUGAUGUCCUAAUAAAACUUAAUAAUCAGA